UGACGUGUAGGUCCGCGCCUGCUCCGCCCCCUUCCUCCUCGCCGGGUUUGUAGGUCUGUCUGGUGGUCGGGGCGCUGUACUCUUUUAGUGGGAGCGACCCCGGCGAGCCCAGGUUGAGGUGCGGAAGAAGGCACAACGGUGCAGCUGCCCACCGGAAUCUUCAGCUCUCUUCGCUCCCCACCCGGCGUGGGAAGUAAAAAUGAAAACGAAAGGGAGGUAGGCGCGGAGGUAGGAGCUGACCGAGUGAUGGGAAGCGCGUGAGCUGGGGCCGAAAGUUUCAGGUUUCUCCUUGUAUGGAUCACUGAUUGAAUAAUAGAUGGCUUUACCUCGUCUCACAGGAGCUUUGCGCUCCUUUUCAAAUGUCACCAAGCAAGAUAAUUAUAAUGAAGAAGUGGCUGACUUAAAGGUGAAGCGGUCUAAACUUCAUGAACAAAUUGUAGACUUGGAUGUUACAUGGAAGAAGAUUGUAAAAUUUUUGAAUGAAAAACUGGAGAAGAGUGAAAUGCAAAGUGUAAAUGAAGACUUAAAAGAUAUAUUGCAGGCUGCAAAACAAAUAGUUGGAAUAGAUAAUGGUAAAGAAGCAAUUGAAAGUGCGGCUGCAUUUCUCUUCAAGACAUUUCACUUGAAGGACUCUGUCGGUCACAAGGAGACAAAGGCUGUCAAACAGAUGUUUGGUCCUUUUCCAUCAUCAUCUGCCACUGCAGCUUGUAAUGCUACUAAUCGAAUUAUUUCUCGUUUUCGUCAAGACAAUCUUACUGCUCUUAUCCAGAUGACAGAAGAAGAAUAUGGUGAUAGAGUUUUAUUUGGUAAAAAUUUAGCAUUUUCAUUUGACAUGCAUGAUUUGGACCACUUUGACGAACUGCCAAUAAAUGGUGAACCCCAGAAAACUAUAAGCCUUGAUUAUAAGAAGUUUCUGAAUGAACAUUUUCAGGAGCAGUCUACACCAGAGCUCAAGCCUGUGGAAAAAACAAACGACUCCUUUUUGUGGUGUGAAGUUGAGAAGUACUUAAAUGCAACUUUAAAUGAAAUGGCUGAAGCAACAAGAAUAGAAGAUCUUUGCUGUACCUUAUAUGAUAUGCUUGCUUCUGUUAAAAGUGGUGAUGAACUUCAGAAUGAGCUAUUUGAACUGCUGGGACCUGAUGGACUUGAACUUAUUGAGAAACUCCUCCAGAACAGAAUUACAAUUGUGGAUAGAUUUCUUAAUUCUUCAAAUGAUCAUAAGUUGCAGGCUCUUCAAGACAAUUGCAAAAAAAUUUUAGGAGAAAAUGCUAAACCUAACUAUGGUUGUCAAGUUACCAUUCAGUCUGAACAAGAAAAGCAAUUAAUGAAACAGUAUCGUCGUGAAGAAAAAAGAAUUGCCAGACGAGAAAAAAAGGCUGGAGAAGAUGGAGAAAUUGCAGAAGGAGUUAUGUGCUUUGAUCCUAAGGAAUUGCGGAUACAAAGAGAGCAGGCACUUAUGAAUGCUAGAAGUGUUCCAAUUCUGAGUAGGCAGAGAGACAUGGACGUUGAAAAAAUACGUUAUCCCCAUGUUUAUGAUUCCCAGGCUGAAGCCAUGAGAACAUCAGCAUUCAUUGCUGGUGCAAAGAUGAUUUUACCAGAAGGAAUUCAAAGAGAGAAUAACAAGAUGUAUGAAGAAGUAAAGAUUCCCUAUAGUGAACCAAUGCCAGUUGGCUUUGAGGAAAAACCAGUUUAUAUCCAAGACUUAGAUGAGAUUGGGCAGCUGGCUUUUAAAGGAAUGAGGAGACUCAAUAGAAUCCAGUCAAUUGUGUUUGAGACUGCCUACAACACCAAUGAGAACAUGCUGAUUUGUGCCCCUACUGGGGCUGGAAAGACCAACAUUGCAAUGCUUACAGUUCUGCAUGAAAUUCGCCAACAUUUUCAACAAGGUGUCAUCAAAAAGAAUGAAUUUAAGAUUGUAUAUGUUGCUCCAAUGAAAGCCUUGGCAGCUGAAAUGACAAAUUACUUCAGCAAACGUCUAGAGCCACUGGGCAUCGUUGUGAAAGAAUUGACUGGGGAUAUGCAGUUGUCAAAAAAUGAAAUUUUACGAACUCAGAUGCUUGUUACCACACCAGAAAAAUGGGAUGUAGUGACAAGAAAGAGUGUUGGAGACGUAGCUCUUUCCCAAAUUGUAAAGCUCCUUAUUCUUGAUGAAGUUCAUUUGCUGCAUGAAGAUAGAGGACCAGUAUUAGAAAGCAUAGUGGCACGUACUUUACGGCAGGUGGAAUCCACACAGAGUAUGAUAAGGAUUCUUGGGCUCUCUGCGACCUUACCCAACUACCUUGAUGUUGCUACAUUUUUACACGUUAAUCCCUGUAUUGGACUUUUCUACUUUGAUGGCCGUUUUCGACCAGUUCCUCUUGGACAGACAUUUCUGGGAGUUAAAAGUGCAAAUAAGGUGCAACAAUUGAAUAACAUGGAUGAAGUAUGUUAUGAAAGUGUUUUGAAGCAAGUAAAGGCUGGACACCAGGUGAUGGUGUUUGUGCAUGCUCGAAAUGCUACUGUAAGAACAGCUAUGUCUCUAAUAGAAAGAGCAAAAAAUACUGGUCAGAUUUCCUGCUUUUUACCUACCCAAGGAACUGAAUAUGGACAUGCAGAAAAACAGGUGCAGAAGUCAAGAAACAAACAAGUACGAGAAUUAUUUCCAGAUGGUUUUAGUAUUCAUCAUGCAGGAAUGCUUCGGCAGGACAGAAACUUGGUUGAAAAUUUGUUUUCUAAUGGGCAUAUCAAAGUUCUAGUCUGUACAGCUACAUUAGCCUGGGGUGUCAAUCUUCCUGCUCAUGCUGUUAUUAUUAAGGGAACACAAAUAUAUGCUGCAAAAAGAGGCUCUUUUGUUGACCUUGGAAUUUUAGAUGUCAUGCAGAUAUUUGGUCGAGCUGGAAGACCACAAUUUGACAGAUUUGGAGAAGGAAUCAUCAUAACAACACAUGACAAACUCAGCCAUUACCUCACUUUGCUCACUCAACAAAACCCAAUUGAGAGUCAGUUUCUGGAAAGCCUUGCAGAUAACCUAAAUGCAGAGAUUGCUCUGGGAACAGUUACUAAUGUGGAAGAAGCAGUGAAGUGGAUAAGUUACACUUAUCUUUAUGUACGGAUGAGAGCAAAUCCAUUAGUAUAUGGCAUCAGUCACAAGGCUUAUCAGAUUGACCCAACAUUAGCAAAGCACCGAGAACAGUUGGUCAUUGAAGUUGGACGAAAACUAGACAAAGCUCGGAUGAUUCGUUUUGAAGAGCGAACUGGAUAUUUUUCCUCAACUGAUUUGGGUAGAACUGCUAGCCACUACUAUAUUAAGUACAACACCAUUGAGACCUUCAAUGAACUCUUUGAUGCUCACAAAACAGAAAGUGAUAUUUUUGCUAUAGUCUCCAAAGCUGAAGAAUUUGAUCAAAUCAAGGUCAGAGAAGAGGAAAUAGAAGAGCUAGAUGCCUUAUUAAACAAUUUCUGUGAACUCUCGGCUCCUGGAGGUGUAGAGAACAGUUAUGGGAAAAUAAACAUCCUACUUCAAACUUAUAUCAGCCGAGGAGAGAUGGACAGUUUCUCCCUUAUAUCAGAUUCUGCAUAUGUUGCACAGAAUGCAGCUAGAAUUGUUCGUGCUCUUUUUGAAAUUGCUCUGAGGAAACGUUGGCCUGCCAUGACCUACAGGCUCCUGAAUCUUAGUAAAGUCAUUGACAAGAGGCUUUGGGGUUGGGCUAGCCCUUUGAGACAGUUUUCAGUGUUACCACCACACAUUCUAACAAGAUUAGAAGAAAAAAACCUUACUGUGGAUAAGCUGAAAGACAUGAGGAAAGAUGAAAUAGGUCACAUGCUGCAUCAUGUGAAUAUUGGGCUCAAGGUCAAACAAUGUGUUCAUCAGAUUCCUUCUGUUACAAUGGAAGCAUCCAUUCAGCCCAUCACACGGACUGUUCUCCGAGUGACGCUCAGCAUCUGUCCUGAUUUUACUUGGAAUGAUCAGUGUGCUCAAAAAUUACCCAACCGUAGUCCUAAUGCAAAUCUACCACUGGUCGUAAACUGUCCUAACCAGUCCAUGGACAGUAGGAGACCUUGGUGGAUUUGGGUAGAAGAUCCUACAAAUGACCAUAUUUAUCAUUCAGAGUAUUUUAUAGUUCUAAAAAACAGGUAAACAUGGGUUAUUAGUAAAGAAGCUCAACUACUGGUGUUUACAAUCCCUAUUUUUGAGCCUUUGCCUUCCCAAUACUACAUCCGAGCAGUGUCUGAUAGAUGGUUAGGAGCUGAGGCUGUAUGCAUUAUCAACUUUCAACAUCUGAUUCUACCAGAGAGACAUCCUCCUCAUACAGAAUUACUGGAUCUUCAGCCUUUACCAAUCACAGCUUUGGGAUGUGAAGCAUAUGAAGCACUAUACAACUUUAGCCACUUUAACCCUGUGCAGACACAAAUAUUUCAUACCCUGUACCACACAGACUGUAAUGUCCUCCUUGGAGCACCCACUGGAUCAGGAAAGACCGUUGCUGGAUUAGCCAUUUUCAGAGUCUUCAACAAGUACCCUACUUCAAAGGCAGUGUAUAUUGCACCCUUAAAAGCUCUUGUACGUGAAAGAAUGGAUGAUUGGAAAGUUAGAAUAGAAGAAAAACUUGGUAAAAAAGUUAUUGAACUAACCGGGGAUGUGACUCCUGAUAUGAAAUCCAUUGCUAAGGCUGACCUUAUCGUCACUACACCAGAGAAGUGGGAUGGAGUCAGUAGAAGCUGGCAAAAUAGGAACUAUGUGAAGCAAGUCACUAUUCUCAUCAUAGAUGAGAUCCAUCUGCUUGGGGAGGAAAGAGGCCCUGUUCUAGAAGUCAUUGUAUCUCGAACAAAUUUCAUCUCAUCACACACAGAAAAGCCUGUUAGAAUAGUUGGACUAUCUACUGCAUUAGCUAAUGCCAGAGACCUUGCUGAUUGGCUCAACAUUCAUCAGAUGGGCUUGUUCAAUUUCCGACCAUCAGUAAGUCCAGUUCCACUGGAAGUUUCACAUUCAAGGCUUCCCAGGUCACCAUACUGUCCUCGUAUGGCUAGUAUGAAUAAGCCUACAUUUCAAGCAAUUAGAAGCCAUUCUCCAGCCAAACCUGUUUUGAUAUUUGUCUCAUCAAGACGUCAAACUCGUCUUACUGCUUUGGAAUUGAUAGCUUUUCUGGCUACUGAAGAAGAUCCAAAGCAGUGGUUGAAUAUGGAUGAAAGAGAGAUGGAGAACAUCAUUGGAACGCUAAGAGAUUCCAACCUGAAGCUGACACUUGCUUUCGGGAUAGGAAUGCAUCAUGCUGGGUUACAUGAGAGGGACCGAAAAACAGUAGAGGAGCUAUUUGUAAACUGUAAAGUUCAGGUUCUUAUUGCUACAAGUACAUUAGCCUGGGGUGUAAACUUUCCAGCUCACUUAGUAAUUAUUAAGGGAACAGAAUAUUAUGAUGGAAAAACAAGGCGCUAUGUGGAUUUUCCCAUUACAGAUGUACUCCAGAUGAUGGGGCGUGCUGGAAGGCCUCAGUUUGAUGACCAAGGCAAAGCUGUAAUUCUGGUUCAUGACAUAAAGAAAGACUUUUACAAAAAAUUUCUUUAUGAACCUUUCCCAGUAGAGUCAAGCUUAUUAGGAGUGCUCUCUGACCAUUUAAAUGCAGAGAUUGCUGGUGGUACAAUUACAUCUAAGCAAGAUGCAAUGGAUUAUAUCACUUGGACUUACUUUUUCCGACGUCUUAUCAUGAACCCCAGCUACUACAAUUUGAGUGAUGUGAGCCAUGAUUCUGUGAAUAAAUUUCUGUCCAGUCUGGUUGAGAAGUCUCUGGUUGAAUUGGAACUUUCCUACUGUAUUGAAAUUGGAGAGGAUAAUCGGAGCAUUGAACCUCUGACAUAUGGCCGCAUUGCCUCUUACUACUAUUUGAAGCACCAAACAGUUAAAAUGUUCAAAGAGCGUUUGAAACCUGAAUGUGGUACUGAAGAAUUGCUUUCAAUUCUGAGUGAUGCAGAAGAAUACACAGAUUUGCCAGUAAGACACAAUGAAGAUCAUAUGAAUAGCGAACUGGCAAAAUGUCUUCCUUUUGAAUCAAAUCCUCAUUCAUAUGAUAGCCCUCACACCAAAGCACAUCUCCUACUACAGGCACAUCUCAGCAGAACCAUGCUGCCCUGCCCAGAUUAUGACACUGAUACCAAAACAGUCUUGGACCAAGCACUCAGAGUAUGUCAGGCAAUGUUGGAUGUGGCUGCAAACCAGGGCUGGCUGGUGACUGCCCUGAAUAUCACCAAUCUGGUUCAGAUGGUGAUCCAGGGUCGGUGGUUAAAAGACUCUUCUCUUCUUUCAGUACCAAACAUAGAACACCACCAUCUUCACAUUUUCAGGAAAUGGAGCACAGGCACAAAAGGCGGACGUACUGGGUGCCAUGGCUUCAUCGAGUGCCUUCCUGAAUUGCUCCAUGCCUGUGGAGGGAAGGACCAUGUAUUCAGCUCGAUGAUGGAAAAUGAGCUAACAGCUGUAAAAAUGAAGCAGGCAUGGAAUUUCUUAUCCCACUUGCCGGUGAUAGAUGUUGGCCUAAGUGUUAAAGGCUGGUGGGAUGACUCAGUGGAAGGACAUGGUGAACUUUCUAUCACAACUCUGACUUCAGACAAACGAAAUGACAACAGGUGGAUCAAAUUGCAUGCUGAUCAAGAGUAUGUGCUUCAAGUCAGCUUGCAGAGAGUCCACUUUGGGUUCCACAAGGGAAAGCAAGACAGCCACGCAGUUACCCCCCGAUUUCCCAAAUUGAAAGAUGAAGGAUGGUUUUUGAUAUUAGGAGAAGUGGAUAAGAGAGAACUUAUUGCUUUGAAAAGAGUGGGAUAUGUUCGAAACCAUCACGUUGUUUCCAUUUCUUUUUAUACUCCGGAACUGCCUGGAAGGUAUAUCUACACACUGUAUCUCAUGAGCGACUGCUACCUUGGCCUGGACCAGCAGUAUGACAUUCAUCUCAAUGUCACACCAGCGAGUAUUUCUGCCCAGGUCAAUGAGGAGGUCUCUGAUGCCUUGAUUGACCUGAAAGUGAAGUAACCUGACCCGAACAGUCCAUUUGAGAGAAUUGGUUAAGAAGUCUGCCUGUUCAUCUAGACAAAGUCGAAUUGCUUGAUGUUUGCCUUGGUGGAAUCAACUUCUAACCUCAAGACACCCAGGAAAUUGACGGUGGCUGCAGUAUUGACUCCAGCAACACAAAGUCAGCUGCAGUGGCCUUUUAACAAAUGUUGCCUUUCAAAAUGUUGUCUUCGUGAGUUUCUUGAUAUGUAAAAUGAACACACGUGUAGGAAAACCUUUUGUGUAUAUUGAGAUGAUAUUUAGGAAUUAUCCAUCAAAUCUUACAUCUCACGGUGUAAUGUUUACAAGAAUGUUGGUUUCUUAUUUUCUAAGGAAAACUACACUGAGACAUGACAGUGUUAGGAUUUGUUGUAACAGAUUUCUAGCCCUGCAGCAUAAAAUACAUAAGAUAAAUCUGUAUGGAGACAUAUAAUAUGGGUUGUUAUCAAAAUUUAUACUUUGAUCACAUGGAGUUUCAAGAAUUUCUUAUAGUCAAAAAUGUUAAUACUAUAGGAUGUAAAAUUAUAUUGCAGAGCCCAAUGAUGAUAAGGAAAGCAAAAUAUACUGAUCUUAGAAAAUGUGGAUACUAUAACUGGUGGAAAUAAAAUAUUUAGAGUGCCACUUCAAGACAAGCUGACUCAAUUAUCUCACCUGCUUCCUUCCCAUUUGUUCCCGCCACUCUUCUUUUCAUUACCUCUGCUUCAAGACUUUACUUCCAUACUCUUUCUGAUAUUUAUUUAUACAAGGUGAGAAGUACAGUGUAACUUGUGUUAUAACAUGGAGAGACCACGUAGUUUUAUUAUCAUGAUGACUUAUUAUUUAUGGAAAAGAAGAAUGAAAUAUUGUUAUGUAGCAUGGAUCUUGGGUACUACAGUUAUUGUAAAACUUCAAAUUAUCAUAAAGCCUUUUCAGCCUGAGGUUUUAUUGUCUUCUCUUACCAGGUGUCUGUCUGUCUUCCAUCACUACAGCUGACUAUUCACAGUGAAAGUAGCCCUAAACAGGAACUCCAUAUGCUUGAAGAAUAUGAACUGACAAUAACUCUGAGCCUUCUCUCUUUCAGAAAUAAUCCAAAAUGAGUAGGUAAAAAUUAUUUCAUGACCUUAAUUGUUUAAAAAGAAAAAUCUGAAGUAAGUUUUAAAUUUUUUGAUUAUUACUAAGUAUAAAAGAACUUGGCUUCUAAGAUAUGUACUGAGCCCUUAUAUUAGCUUUCUUUUUCUGCUUUCAGAAAUCUAAAUUCUAAAUCUAAGCAAAACAAGGAGAUAAAAAUUUUUGGUUUAAUGAGUUCUACUUAGAUCAUUUUAAGGUCCUCACAAUUCUAAGAAUGAUUAUUGAUUCCAGGUUGUCGAUUUUAAGUGAUGGAGAAUGGUUGCAGGGUCUAGAAAGUUACUCCCAUAAUUUCAGCCUCAGCCCUUUCACUUUCCAUCAUAAGGAUUCUAUACUACUCCUGGAAAAUAAAAUUCUUCCAAUUUGAGGCCUUUAAAUGAGAUUUCAAGGAUUCUACCUCGCUUGAAACUUCUACCCAAGUCUUUUGCAUGUCAGUUUGAGAGAUCUUGGAGUACUACAGAGGUUGCUUCCAGUCUUACCCAAGGUCAAGCACACACAGCCAGCCACAUCUGAAUGGAUGCUUACAUUUUUCUUGUUACUCUUCAUUUGGCCUGUAAUUCAGAAAAUAUUUUUAAAGUUUCAUGAGUAACGCUAUAUCUGUAAAUUAAUAUUAACCAGUUCAUUACAGAGACAUCCUGGAAAAGAUGAUGGACUGUAAUCCAUCUUCGGUUGAGCAGAAUCACAGCACCUCCCUGUCAUUAAAAAUUAUUUGAAUCUCCAAACCCUUGUUCACUUACUUGUUAUCUUUUAUUUGGACUUCUUAAACUACAUAGAUACCAUGCCUAUCCAUUGAAAACAAAUACAGUUACUUUGAAUGACUGCACCCUUUGAUUCCAAGUCAUAUUGGAAGCAGUUUUUAAUGAUUUGAGGGUUGCAGGACUGAUCUAAGAUGAAUUUUAUUCUCGAGGUUUCCACCUUGGAAUCAGAAGACUGCACUUUGCAGGAUGUGGAGGACUAAUCUGGAGCCAGUUCUCAAACUCCCUACAGCCAAUCAGGCCCAUAUUUCCAAAUGGCCUCAAAAGUGCCCACUUUUCAGGAGGGAAUGGAGCUUCUGAAAUAACCACAUAAUUCCUGUAAAUGAAAAGGCUAACACUGAGUAAUGCUGACUGCCAUAAAAAUGAAACUGCCUUUUUCAUGGCUUGUAAAUCGACACCAAAGACCAUCAGAAAAGGGAGAUUCCAAAAAUGUUCUUCAUGGCAACACAUCAGAAUUGGUGCAUAUUUUCUAAAAGUAAUGGUCUAAAGGGAAAAAUCUUUUUUGGAUGUUUAAGUCUAGGUCUGUGUCUGCUUUUUAGUCAAAUUGAUGCAAGGGUUAUUAAAAAAAAGUACUAACCAUGGUGAACCAGCAAAAAAAUAAAAUGGGUGUAAAGUACAGAAGAGGAAGUUUGGAUUGGGGUGGGGGGAAACUCUCACAACACAAUUAUAAAAUAAUGAAUAAGCAGGCUACUGUCAGAGACCUUCAUUAAUCAAACGUUAUCUACUCCAACAUUAUAGUUGUCUCUCCACCAAACUCCAGAUCACACUGGAAACAAAUCAUUGCAUACUUCUUCAAAAAUCUGAAAUUGAUACUACAAAGGGUGUCUAACAGUCAUUCUAACGAAGAAAGCCAGUGACUUCAAUUAAGCUUUUAAAUAAGCUUGUCAGUUACAAUACCAAAACAAAUAGGUGGUCUAUCAGGAAUGUGCAUCUUUACAUGUGUUACUUCAGCUGGCUAUUAUCAGAAAAUAUGCUCUAUUUCCCAUUACAGCACAGUUUUACCAAGGGUCUAGAAGGAAUAGGUAUGGAGUGGAAAGAAAAGCUAGGCUUGCAGUAUCAAGAGAAGUGGUUUGGGUUUUUUGGUUUUUGGUUUUGAGUUUUUUGUUGUUGUUGUUGUUGUUUUAAUUAUGUUUCUGUAAUACUACCUUGCCCCUGUGUUGUGUUUGGUGAUCCAAGCAUAUAUUAGAAGAUUUAGGACAAUGUAUUCCAUCAACUCUUCUGUUUCCAUUUGUCACCUACAAAACAGAGAUGAUACCUGCCUGCACUUCCUCUCAUAGUAUUUGGCUCCAUUGUGAUAAGGGCAGUGAGCUUCAUUCAUUGUUGUAUACACAGUGUCUGGUACAGCAAGUGUUUUGUCAAUUUCAUUUAAUGAAUCUUUUACAUGAAAAUGCUUAGAAAAUGAUAAACAGCUGUCAAGAGUAAAUAAAAGGUAAAUGAAAGCCUAAGGUGAUAAAUUGUAAACAAACUCAUCCUCAGGAUAAAUUUUAUGGCUAAGAGCCCACCCCACCAUUGCUAUUACCCCCACCAAAAACAAUAAAAUCUUUGUGCUCA